GUAGUCUCUAAUGGUGACCGUAGCGUCGUUAACACGGCUGUAAGGAAAGGCGGUGAAAUGCGAACGGAAGUAUUAGAAAGAAGAAACAAGUCAUGAUUUCAGAAUAUUUUCGCUAGGUUUUUAGAUUUAGUAUUUGUUGAGGAACAAUAGAGGUUAUUUAUUUAGUCUUUUUUUUUUUUUACCCCAGCGCGAUGGAGCAGCCGGUGCCUAAAAAUAAAUUGAAGAAGCUCAGUGAAGACAGUUUAACCAAGCAACCAGAGGAAGUCUUUGAUGUCCUUGAAAAACUUGGUGAAGGGUCCUAUGGAAGUGUAUUCAAAGCAAUCCAUAAAGAAUCAGGCCAAGUGGUGGCCAUUAAGCAGGUUCCGGUGGAGUCAGACCUGCAGGAGAUCAUCAAGGAGAUCUCCAUUAUGCAGCAAUGUGACAGUCCCUAUGUGGUGAAAUACUACGGCAGUUAUUUUAAAAACACAGACCUGUGGAUCGUGAUGGAGUACUGCGGCGCCGGCUCUGUAUCUGAUAUCAUCCGGUUACGUAACAAAACACUCACGGAAGACGAGAUUGCUACUAUCCUUAAAUCCACAUUGAAAGGUCUUGAGUAUCUGCACUUCAUGAGAAAGAUCCAUAGAGACAUCAAAGCUGGGAAUAUUCUUCUUAAUACUGAGGGACAUGCUAAACUGGCAGACUUUGGCGUGGCUGGACAGCUUACUGACACGAUGGCUAAGAGGAAUACUGUGAUUGGCACACCAUUCUGGAUGGCUCCGGAGGUGAUUCAGGAGAUUGGGUAUAACUGUGUGGCAGAUAUCUGGUCGCUGGGCAUCACGUCUAUAGAAAUGGCAGAGGGAAAACCUCCUUAUGCAGACAUUCAUCCAAUGAGAGCAAUUUUUAUGAUUCCAACGAAUCCACCACCAACGUUCCGGAAACCCGAGCUGUGGAGUGACGAGUUCACAGAUUUUGUAAAGAAAUGUUUAGUGAAGAACCCAGAGCAGAGAGCCACAGCUACUCAACUGUUACAGCAUCCCUUUAUAACGAGCGCUAAACCGGUGACCAUUCUGAGGGACCUGAUCACAGAAGCGAUGGAGAUGAAGGUAAAGAGACAACAGGAGCAGCAGCGUGAGCUGGAAGAAGAGGAUGACAACUCGGAGGAGGAGGUGGAGGUGGACUCGCACACCAUGGUGAAGUCUGGCUCAGAAAGUGCUGGCACCAUGAGAGCGACAGGCACUAUGAGUGAUGGCGCUCAGACCAUGAUUGAGCACGGCAGCACCAUGCUGGAGUCAGACCUGGGCACCAUGGUCAUCAACAGCGACGAGGAAGACGAGGAUGAAGACGUGGGCUCGAUGAGGAGAAACCCAACAGUGCCGCAAGCCCAGCGUCCAUCGUUCAUGGAUUACUUUGACAAGCAGGAUUCAAACAAAGCACAGGAGAGUUACAAUCACAACCAGCAGGACCCUUACCAUAUGCCCAAGACUGCUUUCCCAGACAACUGGAAAGUCCCACAAGAUGGAGACUUUGAUUUUCUGAAAAACCUCGACUUUGAGGAGCUGCAGAUGCGCCUCAGUGCUCUGGACCCCAUGAUGGAGCGAGAGAUCGAGGAGCUGCGGCAGCGUUACACGGCUAAGAGGCAGCCCAUUCUCGAUGCCAUGGAUGCCAAGAAGCGCCGGCAGCAAAACUUCUAAGACUGACCCCAGAAAGAAAGCGAGUAAACUUAAAAAAUAAUAAUAAUAAAAAAAGACCUGGCAGGCCAGAUUAUUUCCCCCUCUUACAGUCUUAUAUUCAGUUUCACUCCUGAUCCUGAGCCUCUUAUUGUCCGCCCUCAGCUGCUGAUUAGCCACAGGAGCAUCUGGCUAAGUAUUAGAAUGCUGUUUUACUUUAUUUCUAGGAUAUUCAUUUGAGGCCUGAGCCUUGUUUUUAAAGGUUGCACUGUGUACAAUAACACAAGCACAGCCCCGUUUAAGUGUAAAGGGGAAGAAAUGGCAGCAAAUCAAGACAGUCAGUUGAUGCGAUGAAACGUUCACAGCCACCAGUGGAUUAAAAUUUCUGUGUAAGGCAUAGAAGGGUUUAGCAGACUCAGAUCUACAGUAAUUGAUCUACAAAUCUGUACACAUAUUCAAAUCUGAUUGAAGGGAUUAGAGGACAGGAGGUGUUAAUGUCCACUUUCCUCACAUAUUUCUUUAGCCCUGACGCCGUGCGAUACCACACUGUUUCUCAACAUGGCUGGAGUCAUGAUCAUCAACCUUAUGUCUGAAAUCACACCUUGUUCACUAUAUAGUGCACUGAUUUAGUAGAAACGAGUCAUUAUGUUCAUCGUAAAACUACAUUGCACUGCAAUAGAUUAAACCAAACAGCAGAAUAACUAAUAGAUUGUUAUCUGGAGCAGGUGUGUUCGAUUAGGUUUGAAACGUGAUUGAAACCUCUGCAGAGGUGCCUCAACAUUUCUAACAUUAAUUUUUUUUUUAAUUUCAGAAGUGAGACAAGCAACAGUAAGAAAACAGCAAGUGGAACAGCUAGUUAAAAACAAACAGCUGCUCCAGUGUUUUUAAAACAACAAAAGAGACAAUGUCUCUGACUUGUUUUCUGUUUCUAAGUGCAAGGUUGUGAAUUCACAGGUCAGAGUUCACCUAGAUAAUGCUGGUGCAAAGAGAAAGUAAUGUCCUCCAGAAACAAAUGAGUGUCUUUUUACAUAUCACAUCUCACAAGUCCUUUCCC